AUGACUCCUCCGAUCAAGAAGAACAAAACGCGCUCGUCCCGAGCCGGUCUCCAGUUCCCAGUUGGGAGGAUCCACAAGAUCUUACGGAAGGGGAACUUCGCCCCUCGCAUCGGGAGCGGAGCCCCCAUCUACUUGGCAGCAGCAUUGGAAUAUUUAGCAGCAGAAAUACUGGAGCUGGCAGCAGACGCGGCAAGAGACACGAAGAAAAGCAGGGUGGUGCCUCGCCACAUCCUGUUCGCGAUCAGAAAUGAUGAGGAGCUGAAUCGGAUGCUGUCAGGAGUCACCAUCUCACAGGGAGGAGUCGUACCAUCGAUCCAACCAGUCCUGCUGCCCAAGAAAACCAUGAAGUCGAGUUAG